GCCAGGAGAGCCGAGUGAAGGCGGCGCCGCUCCAACCUCAGAGACCGCGGAGACCCCGGCUCGGUCUCCGCUUCCUCCACAGCGUCCUCUUCCUCGGCUUGGGCCUCGGCCACCGCUCCCACCGGCGCCCACCGCUCCCCCGGCCCCGCCGUUGCCUCCAUCAUCCUCGUCGCCGCGGCCUCGCAGCGAGUGGCGCCGCCAACGGCAAAAAACGCCAAACCGAAAGCCCCCUCAGGGAGACCGUGCCGGUGAGGAUGAAGCGUCACUUCCGGCACGGAGACGGAAUGACGUCACGUAGACCGGACCCGUCCCUCAUUUCCUAGGAUGAGGAAAUUGACGGAGGAGUGGAUAAUAGCGCCGGACUGCACUGUUUUCGUGCACUACUCUCUCUCUCUCAGUCUCUUCUCUCACUAUGGGUGUAAUAACACUGAACUAAGAUUGCAGGGAUGUGAACUUCUCUCCAUCUCUAAUAGGCUACAGCACAGAGCAAAUCGGCGCUCAAUUGCGUGCAGAAGCUCUAUGUUCCUGCUCCAUUCAUUUGCAUGCAGACACUACGCGGCGUGAAGUUUAUGCUUUUGCCUGUAGUAAUCCGUAAAUGAACGUUCCAAGUCACCCCGGGAGUGGUUGUGUGUGUUUGCUUAACUUUUUAAUACAUCUAUGGGGUGGAGGGGAAGGGGGCGUGGCCAUGUUACCAAAAAGUUGAAGGAUUCCAUUCGCCCAACAGCCCUUGAGAUGUUGAUAUAUGGAAAUCAAAUCUCUUGAAUACAGCACUUUAUACAUUUGCUCAAAAGACUAGGGAAAGGGUGGAAUAUUGGCCCAUAUUGCAGCAUACUUUGACUUCAGCCACUUCAGAAUUGCAAGGGACCGGUGGGCUGCCUGGUGCCGCUUGAACACUGCCGUACAGACCUUAAAUGUCUUCUUUCUAGAACUUAACGCUUCCUAAUUAUGUCUUUUACAAACGACGAUCCUAGGAGAUCGAUCUAGCAGAAAAAUGCGUUAUAGAUCAAGAGGGUGAAUUUGGAGCGCAACAGCAAGACUGACCAUAAACAAACGUGUGAGGCACGCCGUAGAAUUUAGAGAAUUUGGAUUUCCAGAUCAAUCCAAAGCAUGUUUACUUGGAAGCUAGCUUACAGUGUUCCAUAGGGCGAGUGUUGUUUAGGAUGGCAGCCUAAAAGCGCUUAAUUAAGCCCGGAUCGUGUCCAUUAAUUAGAUCAUUAUACUUAUUUACUUGCCAGAAAACACGCAUAUACUUUUUUAAACCAAUAGAAGGGCUAAUAAAAUCUCUUUUCACAAAUGUGUUAUAAACGCUCAAAGUGACUAACGAGUUAAAACGGAUAUUCUAUACUACUCUGAUUACAUCGUGGGAAUUCGCAUUCGGAAAAUUUUUGGUUUUAGUCCUUUGGGGAGAACUGAACUAUGAUGGGCAGCGGCAGCUGUGUAGCGGAGGCUCUGGUUUUGGCUCCGCCUGGCCAGAGGGGACUCUAAAUAAAUCUGCCUGCCUGUUUGCCCGCCCGGACGGAGGCCCCGAGGGGUUGGGGACGCGACAGUUAUGGCAAGGCAACCAGCCAAGACUUUGUGGUAUGACCGUCCACGAUGGAUAUACCUAGAGUUCUGUGUGGAAGACAGCACGGAUGUGAAAGUGGAUCUUGAUGAUUACAAGGUGGUGUUCAGCUGUAAGAAUGCUGAUGGCGUGGAGUUGUACAACGAGAUUCACUUCUAUGCCCAGGUGAAUUCCAAGGAUUCCCAGAACAAGCGGUCGGGUAGGUCCAUCACCCUCUUUGCACGCAAAUGGAAGGAAAAAGUGGCUUGGCCCCGUCUCACCAAGGAAGACUUCAAGCCAGCAUGGCUCUCGGUGGACUUUGAUAACUGGCGUGACUGGGAAGGAGAUGAGGAAGUAGAAGCAGCCAUGGUUGAGCACUAUGCAGAGCUCAUCCAGAAAGUCACCAAGAAGGGCCCACCUCCUGCCAUGGAUGAUCUCGAUUUUACCACACAGGUGGUUUCCUGCUGCCCUGCAAAGUUAUCCACGGAAACCGGUGGAAAAAAGGAGACGCUUCAGGGAUUCCAUGUCAUCCUGGAAGAUACCAUUCUUUUCCCAGAGGGUGGAGGGCAGCCCGAUGACCGGGGGCUCAUUAAUGACAUCCCAGUGCUGAGAGUCACCCGACAAGGCCCAGAUGCUCUCCACUUCAUCCAGACACCCCUUGAGCCAGGAAGCCAGGUGCAGCUGGGGCUGGAUUGGGAACGGCGGUUUGACCACAUGCAGCAGCAUUCAGGGCAACAUCUUAUCACAGCCCUUGCGGAUCUGAUGUUUGGAUUCAAGACAACAUCAUGGGAGCUGGGACGCCAGCGAAGCACUAUAGAGUUGGACACCUCUUCAAUGACAGCAGGUCAGGUGGCAGCCCUUGAGCAGAGCGUGAAUGACAAAAUCCGAGCCCGAAUCCCUGUGGUGGUGCGAGAGCUGGCAGCAGGUGACCCUGAAGUUGAGAUGGUGAGGAGCCGUGGCUUACCAGAUGACCAUACUGGGCCUGUCCGGAUCAUAAGCAUCGAGGGCGUUGAUGCCAAUAUGUGUUGUGGCACGCAUGUCUCCAACCUCAGUGACCUGCAGAUGGUUAAGCUCUUGGGCACCGAAAAAGGAAAAAAGAACAAGACCAACUUAGUUUUCCUCGCUGGAAACCGAGUACUGAAAGCUCUGGAGCGAAGCCAUGCCACUGAGAAGGCCCUCACAUCACUGCUUAAGAAUGGCCCCGAAGAGCACGUGGAAGCUGUGAAGAGGCUACAGAACUCUCUGAAGCAGCUUCAGAAGAACAACCUGAACCUACUGAGAGAUUUAGCUGUACUAACUGCUCAGAGCUUAAAAAAAAACUUGGCCCAGGAACCAGUGCUUGUGUUACACAGGAAAGACGGUGAUUCUGAGUUCAUGAACAUCAUUGCGAAUGAGAUUGGCACAGGGGAAACCCUCCUUUUCCUGUCUGUGGGAGAUGAAAAAGCAGCUGGGCUUUUUCUGCUCGCAGGGCCUCCAGAAACGGUGGAGAAACUAGGCCCUAGGGUGGCCGAACUGCUGGAAGGAAAAGGAGCUGGGAAGCCUGGUCGCUACCAGGGCAAAGCCACACGGAUGAAUCGGCGGGCAGAGGUGGAGGCCCUGCUCCGGACAUUUAUCAGUGAACAGAUCACAGAGCAGUGAUGGGAUGGACAAACUGCAACAUAAUAGAUAAUGGCGGAACGAUUCGGCCACAGUUCUCCCUAAGGACUAUAAAGUUAUCCGCUAAGAAUGUCUUCCCCCUUUGUGUUUUUGCUUUGUGCAUGCCAGUGUCAACAAAGGGGCUGGGCUGGGAAUCUAAUUUGGCAGUAGUUGUGAAGUGAGAAAUCUCCAAGAGGUAAAAAUGGUAAAAGUGAAUGGCAGGUACAAAGCACGCCUGGAAGUCAUGCUAACUCCCCCUGAAGCGACUUCCCCCUAAUCCAAGUGGAUACUGAGACAAAGACACGGAGCGUACCUCUGAGCACCUGCAAUGAUUUAUGCAUGUCCCAGGAUGGGUCUCUAUCUCUUUCUGACUACUUCAGCUCUCCCUCUGCAAACUGCCCUCUGGCGUACCACAGCUGAAGUGCCUGAAAGGCAGAGAAUGCUAAAUUCCUAUAUCUUAGCCUCACUGAAGGCUGCCCACCUGUUACAAGUAUCAUACAAUUGAAAACUGUCAUGUACGAGGGAGACAAAUGUGUUUGUACGCUAAACAUGAUCACACUACUGUUGGCCAGUUCUUUUGCUCAUGUUCAAGUUAUUUAAUCCAUUAGUUUGUCUCUUGCGCAAUA